AUGGCCAAACACUCUUUGAGUACACCUCUUCCCCAAGGAGGAGGGGAGAAAAAGAAGGAAUCUUCUUCCCGCCUGACUUGGGGUCGUGAUCAAAAGAGCACCGUUGUUGAGAAGAAGAAAAUGAUGAAUGAAUUCGAAUACGAAGAACUCGAGGCAGCGACUGAGAACUUCUCUCCCUCGAAUAUGAUUGGUAAAGGAAGCCAUGGACAAGUCUACAAAGGCAUUCUCAAAGAUGGUAGACUUGUAGCCAUCAAAAAGCAAUCACUGGGCCUUGAAAAGCUUCAAGACGGUUCCAAACUCAAUAAUGAAGUUAGAAUCCUCUCAAAAUUACCUCCAAACAACCCAUACACCAUCAACCUGGUUGGGCUGAGUCAACUCAGUCAUGGACCUGCCAAGAGCAAAGUCCUUGUCAUGGAACACAUGCCCAAUGGCACUCUUCAUCACCUUCUUCAUGUAGCCUCCCAACCUCCACCAUGGCCUAAGCGUGCCCAAAUCGCCAUCCAAAUCGCUAGAGCCGUGCAGUUUCUUCACGAAUCAAAGCCAAUGAUCAUCCACAGGGACAUCAAGUCUGCAAAUAUACUGUUUGAUUCGAGUUGGAAUGCCAAGUUGGCUGAUUUUGGGCUCUCUCUGAACAUGAAUGACCAUGACUCAGUGAGUCAGCCGGUCAACUCAUGGAGCCGACCAGCUGGUACUAUUGGGUACUUGGACCCUUGUUACACCACCCCGAGCAAGCUGAGCACGAAAAACGAUGUGUUUAGUUUCGGAGUGGUGUUGCUUGAGAUCAUUAGCAGCACGAAAGCCAUCGAUGUUUCAAGGGCCCCGGCUGCAAUGGUGGAAUGGGCAUUGCCAUUGAUCGAAGAGGACCAAGUAGAAGAAAUUUGUGAUAAAAGAAUUGCAGUGCCAAGGUACAUGGAAGGGACGAUAAGGCAGCUGCUAAGAAUAGCAGCAAGUUGUGUGUGUUUAGAAGAAGAUCACCGUCCCUCAAUGGGGAAGGUUGUCAUAGAGAUGGAGAACUGCAUAGUUGAUCAACCUGUUCAAUUUCCUAUAUGGAUGAACAUGAACCUCUUACACAGCCUUGUAACGAAAAAGUGGUGGAAAAGGGCUGCAAAGCGAUGCAGAACCACCAUCAUCACCGCCAAAGCCACAGCCGCCACUACCACCAUAAUUUGUGCAGCCACAGCAGAAGAAGUAAAUGGUGGGCGCAGCUCCUCUGCUGUGAGGAAAAAACAGCACAGUCUUAUGAUUGUCACAAGAGGAAAGGUUUUGAAGGAGCUUAUUGCAAAGAAUGAAGGCGAUGGACAUUAUAAUUGGAGCAAAGCCUUAUAA